CGCGCCGAUACGGAACUUUUAAAGAGACAUGGAGCUCCGUAGAUCUUACAUAUACAAUUUAACAAAAAUGGCGAUGCUGGGAAGAAGUCUGUGCUUCGGAGCAAACGUAACAAAACCUGGUCAUUUGGCCUUGUUGAUGACAUCAUUGAAGGCUGUUUCAGCUACUCCGUCACGUACCUGCUACAAAUAUGUGAAUGAUGUUGAACCAGGUGACAGCAUGAAGGAGAUAACAGACAGGGCUGCAACUCGACUAUUCUUUGGUGAAUUGCUUCGAGGCCUUGGUAUGACAAUGAGCUAUCUAUUCAGGGAACCAGCUACCAUCAAUUACCCAUUUGAGAAGGGUCCGUUAAGUCCAAGGUUUCGUGGGGAGCAUGCUUUGAGGCGCUACCCCUCAGGAGAGGAAAGAUGCAUUGCUUGCAAGUUAUGUGAAGCUGUGUGCCCUGCACAGGCAAUUACUAUUGAAGCCGAGGCAAGAGCAGAUGGUAGUCGACGCACCACUCGCUAUGAUAUUGACAUGACAAAGUGCAUUUACUGUGGCUUCUGCCAAGAGGCUUGUCCAGUUGAUGCUAUUGUUGAGGGUCCCAACUUCGAGUUUUCAACUGAGACUCACGAAGAACUGCUGUACAACAAAGAGAAAUUAUUGAACAAUGGUGACAAGUGGGAGGCAGAGAUAGCUGCUAAUAUACAGGCAGAUCAUCUUUACCGUUAGCAGGUGUUGACAGAUGGGACUAUUCUAUAAAGAUUUCAUCUUCCUUUUGCCUAGGAUCGAAGGCCAGUUCAGAGACCCAAUUGUUAAGACUGAAUUGACUGUCCCCAUAAAGGGUAUUCCUUAACACUAACCAGCAUUUCCCUCUGCACAUUGAGGAUAAAAUUUAUCUCCAAGGGAUUCCUCUUUUGUUGAGUGCUUUUGGGGGCCGUUUUUUGUGUGUGUGAAAUACAUCAUUUGAUCAUGCCGAACAAUGUUGGUGGGUUAGGAGCCUUAUUGAUCCUACAGCGAGUUCUGGAUAUUUUUGGAGCUUGUCAUUUUUAGGUACAGAUGCAAACCUAGUAAUUUGAAGUGUGUAAGCCCUAGUCAUCUCAUACAGUGACCCCACAUUGUACAUUUAUUAAAUUCCAGUUUGGACAAAGCUGGGAUGUUUAAUGAAGUUGCGGUUGUUGCAUUUCUGUAAAUGCUUUCAUUACAAUCAACCCUUGAUUACUUGCAUGUGGAGAUGGAAAGAGAGCAGAGUUUCAUAUAUAGCAAGACAAAAACACCAAUGAGUUUUUAAAUUGAAUCAAAUCUAUUUCUGUUUGGCCGUCUUGUGUACAUCGGGGUUGCACGGUGGUUCGGUGGUGCAUGUAUAUGAUACAAUGUAUUGUUUGCUCCAUAGCUUUGCUGUACAUGUAUUUGAUAUUUUCAAAAUGCACAUUACAACUAUUUUAUCAACUCCAUUUUGAUAAGUACAUUUAGUUGUAAGAGACAUUUUGACUGCAUAAAUACAAAUGACUCAAGGAUUAAUACCCCAAGCAUGUCUCUUUUUGAUGUUUUUAUCACACCCACAAUGGUCUUCAAUUUUGUUAAUUUAGGAGCAAAAUGCUUUUGGUUGGAUAAGUGUGCAGUUUGCUCAUUUAAACGAUUUGUAACUAAGCAGAGGAGAUGAAUUCUGUAUUAAACAGAUUUGUGAUCUGCA